ACUUCAUAACUACUCCGUGUUUCUGCCUGUUAAAAGCAGGGGUUUCGCUCUCGUAUAUUAUGUAUAGCACUUUUGUUGUCUUAUGGAGUUAAUAGUUUCAAAUAAAUUUUGAGUGAUUAGAAAAUAAUUGUUUUGAAAAAGUGUUAUUCUUUUCACGAUUGCAAAGUAAAAUCAAUGGCGUUUUCUCGGUAAAUGCAAUAAAUUCAUUGCUGUGUCAUGCACGUGUUUCGACUGAUGAAAAAUCAGUAUUUUUACGUAUUGGAUUUGCCAUCAACGACCCAUGAGGGAGAACAAUGGAUCGGAUCAGCCAAUCUGCGUAGCCAUGAAGCGAAUUCCAUUCUGAUGAAAAGAUAAGAAGGGACAAAUGUGGCUUAAAAAUUCGCAUUAAUAAGUGAAGACUGCGCACACCAUGGCAAAGCACAGAAGUCCUAUACAAUCGCAAGGAAAAAAUGAGAAGAAAAUGAAGAGAAAGGAUUCCAGUGAUUCGGAGACAAUGUCUCUUAAUAAAUUCGAAGAUAUUUUAAAGAGACAACCGGUUGUUCUCUUAGAAAAACUUCCGAGUAACAUUUCCACAAUUCCCAACACCCCAAAGUCGUCAACUCUCCGGUUUUCCUUGAAAUCACAAGAGAAAACUUCUCAUGGACCAAAGAAGACUUUAGCACAUAAAUUAGUUUCAGAGAUUUCCAAUUCACAAUCAUCUCCGAAAAGAAGCAAACCAAGUUCUCAAAAAACAUCAACAAAAUGCAAAGAUGCAUCGAGAAGUCAAAAUUGUUUAAAAAAAAAUAAUUCCACCGCCUCUUUUGUCAGUACCGAAGGAUCUUUAGACGAGGAAUUUGCAAAAUAUGGCGGCAGUGGUUUUCGAAAAAUCCAAAAAGUUUGCACUCGUGAUCCAAUGCGCGUUACUCCAUGUUCUGAUGUAUGUUGCAUUGAAUUCUCAAAUCCCGCCGACGAUGAGAAAAAGAAACAAAAAAAAAAGGAAUCUAGUUCCGCAAAGAAAAUUUCCCGAUCACAACCAAUAUUUAAAACGAAAUUAAACUCAAGUCAAAAACCGCCAGAUUCGACGUUAAAACGAAAAAAAUUAAAAAACGAAAUCUCCAAGAAGAAAGAAAGCACAGAAACUUGUUUAUCCUCAAGUAGUUCGGAAAAUAGUCAAACUUCCCUGAACCAAUCAUCUCGUUUUGUUCUUUUCACAAAAAAAUCAAAUUCCUCAUCACAACAAAUUAAAACAAAUUCUACUCUUAAUCCAUCGCCAAAUUCUUCCUCAAAUUCCUCCAUUAAAACUCCAAGUCUAUUUAAAAAUCGAAUAGGAAAACGUUCAGAAUAUUUUCCCAAUUUAUCCAUGAGUAAUUUAUCGAAAAGUGAAUUGAACACGAAUUGUCCAAAAGCCCCGGCAAUUACAGAAGCAUUGCAAACGCAAAUGUUGGAGGCGUCAACUUUUCCCAAAACGAGUGGUCCCAAUAUUAAUUCAACAUCGAAAACAAAAUGUUUAUAUACACAGUGCAAUAUGAAAUAUAUAAGUCCAUUGAGUUAUUCGGAGAAUGAAUUGAAAGUUAAUCGAACUGAAAGUAGAGGGGAAAAUUAUUCGAAAUUGAGAGAGAAUAAUAAUAUUGUCGCACAGACAAGUACUAGCAAUCAAAAUGAAAUUCCAAAUGUCUCAUAUACAGAAAAUAGUUUUCUCAUGAAUAAUCAUCAAUUUAGCAAUACAGUGACGACUAAUCAUUUAGAUGAUAGUUUCAGAAAUUUAUCACUUGAGAGGAUUCCCCAAAAUGGUACAUGUCUAUCUGAGAUCAAAUUAGAGGGAAAUGUAUAUAAUUUUCCAACGAGCAACACUCAGCCUUCUACUAAUAAUGAUUUUCAUUUGGCGAGAGAGGGAACCACGUUUGGCGAUCAAUUGUCAUAUACGGAGAGUAAUGUCAAAGAAUCGACACUAUCGAAUAUUGAGAAGGAAGAUUUUUUAAUGGACGACUUUCAAUUUCCAUUGAUGUCACUUGAGAAAAUAAUGGACUCACUCGACACAAGUCUGACAAUGGAAACAAAUGAGACAACGUCCCAAAGGAAGAAUAUUAAAAUCAAGGAUAUCGAGACGAUACCAACAAAUUGUAUUCAACUUAUACCUCGACCAAAAGCAAUGAUAAAAAACGAGAAUCUCUCUCCAAAUAAAUCCCAAGCAAUUGACAAAGUUUGCGAUCAGGAGAAAGUCGCCGUUAUAAAUAUUCAAAAUUUGGAACAAUUACGCAAAGAUGAAUUAACGCAGAGCCAGGAAUCGUAUGAUUACAAUAACAUUAUUACCGAUGAUUUGAUAAAUAAUUAUUUACCAAUAACACAGGACGUUAAUGCUCUCGUUAAUUCAAGUAUCGUCGAUCCCAACAAUGAUUUAUUGAAUUUAAAUUGCGAUGGUUUUAUCGAAAACGAUAUUGUCAAUAAUAAUGAGAAAUUAUUGUCACAAAAUGGCGAGCAACAACUUUCGCCAAAUUUUCACGAUGUCAAGGAAAUUUUAUCAACCGGACCGCCUGCCGAAAUGUUACAACUUCACAAUCCAAGUGGUCGUACUUGUCUGAUACCAGCGACAGGCGUCAACGAUUUUCUCAACAAGGCAAAUGAAAUUACAAUGACGAUAAAUCAUACAAAUUUUGAAUUAGAUAAUUCCAAUCGUGAAUUUAAGGAACCAGUUCAAAAUCAAGAAAAAUAUCCAAUUAAUGACACGAUAGAAGUCACUUAUCCCCGAAAACGAAAAUGGUGCAAUGAAAAUCGCAAAAAUCGUUCAGAAACAGGGAAAAAAAUUAAACUCAACAGACGUCGAUGGUCUAGAACGUGUAACGAAAGUGAUGACUUCACCGACACAUCGUCCGAAGUCUCAAGUUCCUGUCUAUCGAGUUUCUGCGAAAAUGACAACAACAAUUAUCAAAAUCAAUUGGAAACAUUCAAUACACUACAAAGCGAAAUUAUCGACAAACCAAACGAAAAUAUAACCAAGAUUUUACAAAUGAAACAACACGAGAGUAUAGAAAUUAAACACGAGAGUAUUGAAAUUGAGGAGCACACAAUUUUCUCCAAUCAAGUUGAUCAAUUUCAAAAACAAAUUCAAUUUGAACCAAAAAUUGUUGCCGUUGAGGAAUCGCGGGUCGAUCCGGAACCGCAACCAGAACCCGAACGAGAGGAAUUUAUUCAAUUGAAUCAAAUUCAGGAGAUUAGUAAAUGUCCUUCGCCUUGUGGUGAGGGAGUGGAAAGUAAAAAUGAACUGAUACGAAAAAAGAGGAGAGUUAGAAGUUCGAAAUUUUCACCAAGUUCUUUACCGAGUGACAGCAGUUCAGAGGAUGAGGAUAUUAAAUUGAAUUCAGCAUCGGAUGAUGAGAGGGUUAUUGAGGAUAAAUGCGGUCUUUUAAAACAACGAUUUCAACGAGAAUUGAGCCACAUUCAAUCGGAUAUUGAUAACAUUGAUAAUGAUAAACUAUUAGGUUUAAAUACAAGCGGUCAAAAUAUUGAUGAUCAAAAGGAUGAUGAUCAGAAGGAAGAUGACGCAAUUUCACUUUGCGCGUCUCCAUCGCUUAUGGAAUUAUCUUCAAGAUGUGACACUCCACUAUUUGAAAAUAGAACGACAACUCAGAGCGAUUGUUCCAACAUCGAUGAAUCAUAUUGGGACGCGUUUAAGCGAAAAAACGAUGUCGAUUGUGACUUUGAUUUGAGAUCAUAUCUGGAUCGAAGUCGACAGGAAAAAAAUCAGGAAAACGGAACCAAUGGGAGACAAGUUGAGAGCAGAAUAAAUCCAGAGGAUUUAUUCACGAAACCAGUGAGAAGUGUAAAUUCUAAUAAUCGAGUAAAUAAUGUUAGAAGUAGAAUUGAACCACCGUCAACAUCGAAUGCUGCUGAUGCAAAAAUUAAUAAUGUUCGAACUAAAAUUGAAGCACCAACGAAUGAUAAUUCUCGAGUCAAUAUCGUCAGAAAUAAUAUUCAAGUGGCAUCAAAUUCAAACAAUAAUGUUACUAAUGCCACAAGCAAAGUCGAAGUACCAACGUUUCAUAAGAAUGCCACUAAUUUCACAAGUAAAAUUGCCGUACCAUCAAACUUGAAUAGUACUAGUGGAAAUUUAGAACAAAACUACGAUUUAUCGAAAAUAUUUUAUGGCACUUGUCACAUCUUUUUGAUUCAUGGAAAUUGUACCAGGCAUGUGUGUCUCUUUAAACACGAGAUUCCAGAUAGUAAUAAAUUCUUUCAAAACGUUCCUGAAACGACAUUAUACAAUAUGAUGUGUGAUUGUAUGUCAAAAAGAUUUUUUUUCUAUCUCAAAAAGGCUUACGGAAAUUUUCUGCAAAAAUUUAGUUACCCUAAUGGCAUGCAAUUUUUUCAAACAAUGCUAAUUAAAAAUUGGAUGGACCCUCAACUUUUGGAGGAGACAGUUGAAUUUUUACGGCAAAAAUUGGUGCCACUACCAAAAGUAAUUCAAGACAUUUCUGAAAAGUUUCAAAUAGUACAUCCUUUAUUACAGAAACUACCAGAAAUUAUCGAUAAAAAAGCAACAACAUUUGAAUAUUGGGAAUCGAUGCGUUUUGUAAUUCGCACAACGGUAUUAACAAAUUUUAUGCUUGAAAAAAUUUUGCUUCAAUGUUUAAAUGAAAAUACAAAUAUCGAGCGUAUAACUGAAGUUUAUCAGGUGUUCAUUGAAAAACACUUGAAUGAAAGAGUAAAAGAAGAAUUGUGGUUCUCCUUCUAUAAUCUCAUUUAUAUGCGUUUAACUGAAAAUUUUGCAGUUGAGGAAAAUUUAGAUAUUGAUGAUGCCAUGGAUAUUGUUAAUAAUGAUAUAGCAUCACCUGAUCCUACAUUUCAGAGUCCUAUUCAAAAUCCCGUUGAACCACCAAUUCUUCAGAAGUUUGAAGACGUUCAGAAUUUGGCAAAUUUUCAAAAUGAAAUUCUUCCGAAUAUUCAAAAUGAAAUUCCGCCAAAUGUUCAAGAUGAAAUUCCACCAAAUCUUCAAAAUGACAAUUCGAUAAAUUUCCAAAAUGAUAAUCCGCCAAAUCUUCAAAAUGACAGUGUACCAAGUUCUUCUUUUGCGCGUCGUAUUGAGAAUGUUCCACCGCCAAAAUCUGUUUAUAGAGACAAAGAUAAUUUGUGGAAGUUUUAUGAUCGUCUUGAAAGUAUGAAACGAGGUCUUCAACACAGGGAUUAUGAUCACGUUGUCCAUAUUAUUCUACAAUAUUCAAAGGAGAGAAGUCCAUUCACUCGACAUUGUCAUCGAAUAUUAUGCGAAGAAAUAAAUAAAUCUCAAACGCACGUUGAAAAUGUCAUCAAAGCUGCAGUCCAAGAUGGAGAACUAUCCAAGAUGCGAGAUAUUUUGUCACGGCUAGGAACAAAUGUCUUGAUUGAAUUAGCUGAUCGGGAACUUUGGAUUUACGCAAAUGAACUUCUUAAGACGCUGCAAAAAUAUGAACUGUACAAUAAUAACGCUGGAUUAACACUACUUGCGGCUGAAAUUUAUUUAGCUAAUCAGCUACUUUCAGAGGCUUUCUGGUUAUUACGAGAGAGUAAUAUAAUUUUUACUAAUUGCACGAGAUGGAAAGUGAAGAGUAGAAAGGAAGAUAUGGGACUCCGAGUUUCGGUGGUGACACUUUUGUUGGAGUCGUUGUGUCAAAAUCACGCACAGGAGGCUUUUUUCAUUUUUGAUUUAAUACUCGGUGAACAAUCUUCAAAUGCUUUUCCAAUAAAUCUCACACGACUAGUUGAUAGACUAAUGCUGUCAUUAAUCUCUCAAGAUCGUACGGACUGCGUAAUUAAUUUAUGCAAAAAAGCAAUGAGAUAUCAUUUGAAUUUUCACGAAAUUACUUAUCGAGCUGUGAUCACUUCAUUAGUACCAGUUGAUAUUGAUUUAGCGAGACAAUUUUUUCAGUACGCUACAUUCCUCGGUGUUUACCCGACGGCAAUAGAUUAUCCUGUAAUGAAUGUGAUAGCAAAUGUCGAUUGGACCGAAGAAGAAAUGUACUUGGUAAUUUCGGAGUUUCUACGUAAACUCUCAUUGGAAGCUGGUUUUGCCAUAUCGCGUAUUGGAAAUAGGCAGCUAUCGGCUUUUUUUAUAUUUGAAUCAAUACCUUCGAGGAGAGAAUUAUUAAAUAAUAUUUCCAAUCAAAAUAAAAAGACUUCCGAGAAGAAACUAAAAUUGAGCAAAGAAAUGUUGAAAAAUAUCUUGGAAACAAGAUUUGAUCCGCCAAUAAGAUUGAUAAAGAGGGAACAAGGUAAAAUUUGUAAAAUAAACGGUGAAAGUCUCGUGGCAUUUUUGAAGUCAGGUAACAUUAAUAAUUAAUAUUCAAAUGAUAUUAGACCUUUAAAAAAAAGUCGUUAUUUUUUGCACGAUAUUUAAAAAAAAUCGUGAUGUAUUUUUGUAUCGAAACUUUUGUCUGUAUAAAUUUCAGCGCAAUUUAAAAAAUUGCACUGACAUAUUUUUUUUUUUUGAAUGGAAAAUAGUUAGUAACCGAGUAGUUCAUGUUAUUUUAAAUAUUAUUUUUUUUGUUUGUUUUAUAUUUGAGUUCCUUAUUGAUAUUGUGUACGAUAUUAGCCAAAGAAAAAAAAAUCAAAAGCGAUGCUAAGUCUGUACAAACAUUUGUGAUAUAAAGCUUUCUUAGUCGUUAAAUUAUAUUUUAAAAAUCAAAAAAAAAAGAACGAAAAAAAAUCAAAGCUGCUUGCUAUAUAUUAUAAUUUUAAUAUUUCCUUAUUUUUAAAAUUAACGAAUUCUCAAAAAAAUUUUCUUUACACAAAAUCGAAAUUUGUGUAAUUGGGAAAGAAAUGUUUUAUUUCUAUGAUUUUAAAGGAAAAUCAUAAUUACUUUUUAAAUGUUGAGACGAUUGAAAGCUUUAUUUGCCAAAAAGGAAUUUUUCGUAAUUAUUUUGUUUUGUUUUAAAGUAAUUUAUUUUUUUGACAUUCCAGUAACUUUAAGGGACAUUAAUAAUAAUACUGUUUAUUCGCAAUUUAAUAAAAUUUUAUGAAUAGAACGAAAUGAGAAAUUAACUGCGAAAAAAAAUGUAAUGUCCAUGAGAAAUUUGACAAG